AUGUAUAUUUAUAUACUACUAUUUAUCUUACCUUCUAUUGGUCUGUAUUGGUGUAAAGAUAAACAUAAAAUAGUUUGUGUGAACACAAUAAACGAGUGUUCUUCUAUGCAUCAAUGGAGUAUUAAAGGUUCUUACAUAUCAUUGAGUGAAAAUGAUAUUAAUUUAAUUAUUAAAUGUGCUAAAGAAACAGAACUUGUUGUUGGACUUCCAAACGGAAUGAAUGUUACAAUUAAGUUUGAUACAGAUUCAAAAAUGAUUAAAGUUGAUGAUCUUAUGCAAAAGACUGGUACAAACAAUACUAAUAAUUGUAAUGUUACAAAUUGCAAAUUAUGUUCAUUUGGAAAUUCAAGUAGUUGUAUUGAAUGUAAUGAUCGAUAUUAUUACUCAAAUAUUUCAAAAACUUGCGAACGAUGUUCAAACCCCAAGUGUAAACGUUGUGAUUCAGAUCCAUCAAUUUGUUCUUCUUAUUUGAAUGGAUAUCAUGUUGGUGGUACUUUAAAACGAGAAACUUGUAGCGCAAAUUGCAAAAUAUGCAACUCUUAUGAAAUUUGCACAUAUUGUUAUCCCAAUUUUUACUUAGAUAAUGGAAAAUGUUUAUCUUGUCAAUUUUGUUCGAGUUGUAACAGUUAUGAUGGAUGUACUGAAUGUUGGAUUGGUUAUUACAAAGACAAUAAAGGUUGUUCACUUUGUGAUGUUAAUUGUCUUAUUUGUCUACAAAAUGGAUGUACUUUAUGUAGUAAUACUUAUUAUGUUGAGGGAAAAAGAUGUGGCCCAUGCACACCAAAUUGUAUAAAAUGUUCUGGACCUGCAUACAAUCAAUGUGAAAGUUGUGUCGCAAAUUACUUCAUAAAAGACGGAACAUGUAAGCAGUGUGAUUUAAAUUGUGUGGAUAAAAAAUGUGUUAAUAAUACUGGAUGCACAGAGUGUAAGGAAAAAUACUAUGUCAAUGACAAUAUGUGUUCACUGUGCCAUACAUCAUGUGCUACAUGUUCCGGUUCAAACGCAAAUAAUUGUUUGACUUGUGCAAGUGGAACAUAUAGAAAUGGUUUCUAUUGUUCCGUUUGCGAUACACGUUGUACAAACCAUUGUGAUGUUGUUAAUGGCUGUACAUUGUGUCCAGAUGGGUUUUUUAUUGAAAACAAAAGAUGUUCUCAAUGUAAUGGAAAUUGUAAAACAUGUUCUUCACAAAGUAUAAAUUGUCUUUCUUGCAAUCAAGAAUACUAUCUUCAAAAUGCAAAGUGUUUAAAGUGUAGUUCUUUCUGUUCUGUAAACAAAUGUGAUCCAAUCAAUGGUUGUACUGAAUGUAAAAAUGGCUAUUAUAAAAACAAUAUGACUUGUUUUGAAUGUCACGAAAAAUGUCUAACAUGUGAUAAUGGUUCAAGUUCGGGCUGCCUAUCAUGUACAGACAAAGUAAGUUAUUUGGUUGGAAGACAGUGUAUUUUAUGUGAUACAAAUUGUGCUCUAAACAAAUGUUUAAAUACCACCGGAUGCACCCAAUGCAACCAACACUAUUUUGUUAAUAACAAAAUAUGUUCUUUAUGUCAUGAAACUUGUUUGACAUGUUCAAAUAAUCUUUCAAAUGGUUGUUUAACAUGCGAAAAAGGAAAAUAUUUUGAUGAGAAUCGAUGUGUAUUAUGUGAUGAAAAUUGUGAAAAUAACACAUGCGAUGCUGUAAAUGGAUGCCAAAAAUGUAUUUUGGGGUAUUUCCCAGAUGAAAAACGUUGUUCUCAAUGUGAUACAAUUCCAAAUUGUUUAACUUGUAGCCAAACCAACAAAAAUCAGUGCACUUCUUGUAAAGAUACAUUCAUUGUCGUUGACAAUUUAUGUGAAUGCCCAAGCCACCUUUACCAAAACACUUCGAGCACUUGUGAUGAAUGUUAUAAGAAUAAAACCAAUUGUAAAUUGUGUCGAAAUAUAAUAAAUUUUGGAAUAAGAUGUGAAGAGUGUUUCCCACCAUUUGUAACUGUUAAUGGAAAUUGUAUCAAAUGUGGAAUUAAUACAACUUUUAUUGGAAACAAAUGUGUGAAUAACACCGAAAAUUGUGAAAUUCAAAACGGACAAAACGAAUGCCUAAAAUGUCAAAAUGAAUUUUAUUUACAAAAUAAAAUGUGUAAACCUUUUGAACACAAAGAAUUGUGCAAAACAAACACAAAAAUCACAUGUGAAGAUUGUGGGAAUGGAAUCACAACAACAGGGAACUGCGAGGAGUCAAUUUGUAAAUAUUAUUAUAAAAAUAAAACAUCAACAAAAUGUAUUCAAUGUAACAAACAUUCUAACGUUAACUUAAAUGGAAUAUGUGAAGAGAACAACAAAGAUUAUUUGUAUGACAACAAUGUUAUAUUUAAAUGUAAGGAAGAUCAAUAUCUUGAUAAUAACAAUUUGUGUCAUGAAUGUCAAGACGAAACAAGCGGUGUCAAAUGUAAAAUGGUAAAUUCAAAAAUACAUGGACUUCAAUGUGGUGGUUUAUUUGUUAUCAACGUUAAAGAAAAUAAGUGUUUUAUUAAUCAUAAAUGUGGAUCAAUUGAUGGCAACGAUUGUGUGAGUUGCGUUUCUAAAACAGAAUCAAUUAAUGAAAACACUUGCAAAAAUUGUGUUGUGGAAAAAUGUUCAUUUUGUCAAAAUGACAAAUGUAUUGUUUGUGUGGAAGAAUAUCUUUUAACAACAACUAACGAAUGUAAAACAAAAGAAUAUUUCAGUUGUCAAAAAUCGCACUUAAAUAAAUGUUUGAAGUGUGAAAUAUCAUUCAUGCGAGUUGACGAGAUUAUUGUUGAAGCAGAAUAUUGUGAAGUAAUAGGCAAUAACAUCAAAUACGCAAUGAAGACUUUUCCCACAAAAACGAUGAUUGUAUUUGAAUGCAAUGAAGGAUUUGUUUUAACCAAUGGAUCUUGCAAAGCAACCAACCAACUUAAACGAGAUGAAAAUGCAAGUGAUGGGUGUAACAUUAAAACAACAAAAGGGUGUAUUACCUGUUUUAAUGGAUAUUACAGAUCCGAUGGUACUUGCCAUAAAUGUGAAAAAUGGUUGUACAACAU